CUAAUCAUUAUUAAAUUAUUUCUAAUUUAGCUAUCUACUAAUUAAGCUUAAAGAUGAACAAAAAAUGUAAAACCCUACUACCUCCCAUUCCAAAAUCAAACACCCAGCCGCCGCCGCCCUUCUUCUCCUCCGGCCAGAGCGUCGGAACUCCGACCACCGGCGCUACGGCCCCGCCGUUCCGCCAGCGCGCCACCGCUCCAGCUGUGGUCAGCCAACUCACACCCAGGAGCGUAGGAAUGGAUACUGAAAGCAAUGAUGUUGAUAUGGAGAAGGAGAUAGAGGAUGAUGAGGUGCAAAUAUUGGAGACACCUACUUCAACACCUACUUCUAAGAGUACUCCAGGUACUUCUGUGGAUUGUGGCAGUACAAUAGGCACUACGAGGUUGGGUGUUAAUGAAAAUGGUGAUAUGGAAGUUUCUAAGAAACCAAAAUCUGAUGUGUGGUUACAUUUUGAUAAGCCUUGCAUGAUAGAUAAUGUUCCAAAGUGUAAAUGCAAGCAUUGUCAUGGUUGGUACAGCUGCAAAGCUUCCAAUGGCACCACUCAUUUGAAGCGUCACAUUAAAUCUUGUUUCAAAACUCCUAAGUUUCAAGAUGUGGGUAGUAUGUUUGAUAAUCGAGCUGCUUUUUUGACAAAAUGGAAAUUUGAUGCUAAGGUGUAUAGGGAUAAGUUGGCUAGAGCUAUCAUUAAGCAUGAUCUCCCAUUUACCUAUGCCGAGUAUGAUGGAGUUAAUGAAUUGAAUGCUUGCUUGAAUCCUGAAUUCAAAGCUGUAAGUAGAAACACAGCAAGAAAUGAUUGUAUGAAAGUGUUUGAGAUGGAAAAGGAUAAAUUGAAGAAGUUGUUAGCUGCUCAUUCUGGAAGAAUAUGUUUGACAUCUGAUGUAUGGACUGCCGUGACCACUGUAGGCUAUAUGAGUGUAACUGCACUUUUUGUUGAUGAAAAUUGGAUGUUAAAUAGCAAAUUGCUUUCUUUUGUUGAGUUAGAUACUGCUCAUUCUGGUCUUGAAUUGUCUGGAAAGUUGCUUGAAGUGCUUAAGGAUUGGGGUAUUGAAUCCAAGAUAUUUUCAUUGACUUUGGAUAAUGCUACUUCCAAUGAUAGCAUGGUUAGGUUCUUGAAAGAUAGACUUAAUUUGCAAAACAGUUUACUGUGUGGGGGUGAAUUUUUUCAUGUGAGGUGUGCUGCACAUAUCUUGAAUUUGAUUGUUCAAGAAGGUCUAAAGACUGUGGAAGAUGCAUUGAAAAGAAUAAGAAAUAGUGUGAAAUAUGUGAAAGCUACAGAUGGGAGGUUGAGAGAGUUUCAAAAGUGCAUUGAGGAGGUUCACUUAACUGAUAUAGGUGGGGGGUUCUUGAAGUUAGAUGUGUCAACUAGAUGGAAUUCUACCUAUCUAAUGCUUGAUAGUGCUAUAAAGUACCGUAAAGCAUUUACUAGUUUGAGCUACAAUGACACUAACUAUAAGUACUGCCCAACCAAUGAAGAGUGGGAAAGAGGUCAAAGAAUAUGUGAGUUUUUGGAGCCUUUUUACACAAUCACUAGAGAGAUAUCAGGGUCGUCAUAUCCUACCUCCAAUUUAUAUUUCAUGCAAGUUGCACAAAUAGAAAUGAAGUUGAAUGAGUUUGCUGGUUCGACUGAUGAGGUAAUUAAAGAUAUGGCGUUAAGGAUGAAGAAGAAAUUCGAUAAGUAUUGGGAAGACUAUUGUGCCACUCUUGUCUUUGGAAGUAUUUUGGACCCCAACUCAAAGUUGAAGUUCUUGACAUUUUGUUACAAGAUACUUUACCCACAAGAUUAUGAGGGGAAGGUGAAGAAGAUAAGAGAUUUGUUGUAUAAACUUUUUGGGGAAUAUGACAAGAUUGAAAUUGCAUCAAGGUGUCCCACUAUCACUCCAAGAGAGACUCUUCCUCAAUCUCAGCCACAUGCCAGCACAAGUAGAAGUAGUCUCUCAUUUUUGGAUUUGUAUAAUCAAGAGUUGAAUGAAGAGGAGUCAACCAAUGGCGAAAAUGAACUUGAUUUGUACUUGGAAGAGCGUUUCAAACCCUUUGCGAAGUUAAGUGUUUUAGAAUAUUGGAAAGUGAAUGCUAAUCGAUUCCCUCGACUUGCAAGGAUGGCUAGAGAUAUUUUGAGCAUUCCAAUCACAACGGUUGCUUCGGAAUCAACAUUUAGCAUUGGUGGCCGUAUCUUGCAAAAGUAUAGAAAUUGUAUGCUUCCCGACACCGUUCAAGCUCUCAUUUGUACUCGCAAUUGGUUACAUGGCUUCAAGGAAGUGAAAACAUCGGGUAAUAAUUAUGUAUUCUUUUAAUUUUCAAAUUACAAUGCAUACUACUCCCUAAUGAUAUUAACUUCUUCUUUUUUUCUUUUAAGAUAUGCAAGAGGAUGUGGAGGAAAUACAAGUUUCAAAGGAAGAUUCAAGCACUUGAUUUGUGGAACUAAGUUGAUUUGUGAUCUUUUAUUUUGUUGCUUUGAAAGACUUGUGGAUUCAAGCAUCUUUAUAUUGCUUUAUUAGCUUUGUUGGUUUGAGAAUUAACUUAUGGAUUCAAGCAUCUUUAUAUUACUUUAGUAGCUUUGUUGGUUUGACUUUUGAGAAUGAACUUGUGGAUUAAGGAACUUUAUAUUGCCGUA